AUGAAUGUAACCCUCUUCGCAUUCUACUCCAUUUUCGGAUUCUUUGCCAGAAAUGUCAGAGGAUGCUUGCCUUGGCUUGCACUUGUAGAGGGUAUGCUGUUCACCCUAUUCGUCUCCAUGGGAGCGACGUUAGUCAUGGACAGAGAAGCUAUUCGAAUCGAGCAGUUUGAGGAGUUGGUGCUCUUUGGCAGUUUUAUCGGUCUCAUACUUCACAUGACAUUCUUCUGGUUCCAUGGAUACGACGAUCGAGAAACCUAUCCGGCAGUGACUGAAAGAUACCAUCCGCUUGUUCACUUCACACCAGCUGAGCCUUCUUCUGGCAGUCCAGAGAUUAUUCCGUGUUCUGAGAUCGUCGGAGAACAGUGA